UGGUUGUAAAUUUGACAUUUCAUUCCUGAUUCCUGCUAUUUAUUAUCAAUUCAAUCUGAAAAAACUAACUCAAACAAAAAUUAAUCCUAUUCUUCUUUGGAAUUUCACCGAAAAAAUUCAAUAUAAUUUAAUUCAAUUAUCCAAUAUAAACAUAUCAUGCCCACUUUCAUUGAUAUUAAUUGAAUAAAUUGCUUCCUUAUACACAAAUUUGAUCUUAAUUACUGGUGAAAGGUGAUUUAAUCAAUUGAGUGGGGCAAUUCCUUUAAAGACUUAGGACGGUUGGAUCAAAUUCCUCAUUAUCUGACAUAUGUUAGUCCAAGUACCUUCACAUCUUUAGAUAAGAUCAUCUAAAUUAUCUGAAUCUUAUCAUAUUGAUUCCUCAUCACAAUCUAAAAAUGGCAAAUAAUCAUAAUAACUAUAAAACUGUGUAUGCUUUUGCUAGAGAAAUGCAUCCUAAGACAGAAAAAUUCGAUGUUCAAUAUGGAACAGCUGGAUUUAGAGCAAAAGCAAAUACUUUGGGAUAUGUUAUGUAUAGAAUGGGGCUUUUGGCAGUGCUCAGGGCACGAUAUAAGAAAGCCUGUAUCGGAGCCAUGAUUACUGCCUCCCAUAAUCCAGAGCCUGAUAAUGGUGUCAAGUUGAUAGAUCCUUGUGGAGAGAUGUUAGAACAAAGCUGGGAAGCAUGGGCUACUAAAUUUGCAAAUGUAGCGGAUGACCGACUUGAAGAAGUGAUAACCGAAAUAGUGACUGAAUUAGGAAUUGAAAUGACCCAAAGAGUUGAAAUUUUAGUUGGAAAAGACACCCGGCCUAGUAGUCCAAGUCUAGCAAAGGCGUUAUGUGAUGGGGUUUUAGCAUUAUCAGGAAAACCUAUAGAUUAUGGUAUAGUGACAACACCACAACUCCAUUAUUUUGUCUAUUGCAGAAAUUCACGUAAUCAAUAUGGUUUUCCAACGGAGGAAUAUUAUUACAGAAAAUUAUGUGAUGCUUUCAAAAAAAUCAGAGGUAAAAAUUUCAAUACCAACAAUUAUCAGAGCAAGCUGUACUAUGACGGGGCCAACGGUGUGGGGGCCAAAAAAAUCAAGUAUUUUCAAGAGUGCCUUGGCGAUUCUUUGAUGAUCGACCGGUUCAACGAUGAACUUAUCGGAACCGGCAAACUGAAUUACAUGUGUGGUGCUGAUUACGUGAAAACCAAACAAGCUUUUCCCAACGGCGUUCCUAAGGAAGUCGGUCAAAGGUGCUGUUCAGUUGAUGGAGAUGCUGACAGAUUGAUGUACUAUUAUUUGGACGAAAAUGAAAAAUGCCAUCUGUUAGAUGGAGAUCGUAUAGCAAUACUGAUAGCGGAAUAUUUGAAAGGACUUGUGGAAGAUACGGGUUUUGAUGUCAACUUGGGGUUAGUUCAAACGGCCUAUGCUAAUGGAGCUUCAACUGAAUAUAUCACAAACACACUGAAUAUUCCAGUGUCGUUUGUUUGUACAGGUGUGAAAUAUCUGCAUCAUGAAGCUCAGAAAUACGAUAUUGGAGUAUAUUUUGAAGCGAAUGGUCACGGUACAGUGAUAUUCAAAAAGGAAUUCAAGGAGAAACUUCAAACAUCAUAUGAUGAUCCCACUGUUUCCGUUGAAGUAAAAAGGGCGAUUAAAAAAUUGCAAACUGUAAUCGAUCUCAUCAAUGAAACCGUUGGUGAUGCACUGUCCGACAUGCUUUUGGUGGAAACUAUUUUACAUUCGAAAGGCUGGAGUAUUCAAGAUUGGGAAAAAACUUACACUGAUCUACCUAACCGUCUCAUGAAAGUUUCAGUCAAGGAUCGUAAUACAAUAACGACCACCAACGCAGAAAGGACAUGUUUGAAGCCUGAGGGGUUGCAAAAAGAAAUUGAUAUGAUUGUGAAGAAAUAUAAGUCUGGUAGGUCAUUUGUUCGACCUUCAGGCACGGAAGAUUUAGUGAGGGUGUAUGCAGAAGCUGCUAGUAAGGAUGAAGCAGAUCAGCUCGCUUUGGAAGUAGCAUUAAAAGUUCAUGAAAUGGCCGAAGGAAUUGGACCUGAACCCAAACUUUAAAUUUGUCGGCAUCUACACAUUGAUCAAUGAUUUGACUUUUUCGAGGAAUUUUUAAAGGUGCCAUUUUUACUGUGUAGAAACUUUUUUCUAACAAAGCUGCUUGAAUUAAUGUUUGACUGAACUGCCUUGAACUCUUGGUUUUCGUAAUAGUUUGAAAUUAGCUAUGGUUUUUACUACAUACUCAAAAAAAAUUGGUAGAUUUUUUUCAUUUGGAUCUCAUGACUUCCAUUACAUCUUCAUAACGUAUGAUUUAAUUAUUUGAAAAUGAUUUUCACAUCGGAUUUUGCAAUAAUAAAAGAAGAAUACAAAAUGCAGGUGAAGAAAGAUAACAAAAAAAAGAGCAAUUAAAAGACAACUUCUCUAAAAACUAAGAUUUAUUCGUUUGAACGAUGCAUUUACAAAAAACUGUUAUGAAAAUUUGAAAUUUAGUCAUAAGUGCUAAAGUUUGUUGCAAAGUUCAUCUUGGAAUAAUAAUUAUUUAUAUCCUCAAUGUACUUAAAUUUUGGAAAAGACAAUUUUCGUUAAUCAUCAAUCAGUUCGAAAAUAAUAAUUCCAUUUUACAAUGUUUUUGUCAAAUGAAAAUAAUUAGGUUUAUGCCAAUGUAGUUAGUCUUGUUAUGCUAUUUUGAGUACAGCUAUAAAGCACAAAUUUUGGGGAGAUAUUUAAAAAAAAUAUUUAUAUCAAUUUGUUUGUUCUUAUAUUAUUAAUUACUGUUUCUAUUAUUCCUGUAUUUUAUAAAAGCGAUGAAAUUGUUUUUUUUAGGUAUUUGUUUGAAUGGUUUUUUUUCAUGAAUAUUAUUAACAAAGUAAUUAUUUAUUUUGAGCAUUUAUAUAUAAAUUUAUGAUUCGAGUUAUUCACAAAGAAUAAAUUUUUUUUGCAUUA